UCACUCAAUAUUGUAUUUUUGUAUUUGAACAAGCGUAUAAAAGGGGUUUACAACUCCAAUUGUUAUCUGCUAAUUAUUGUUGAAUAUUCACCUAAUAAUAUAAUCCAGUAAAGAUGUCGUUAGCCGAUGAAUUGUUGGCCGACUUAGAGGAGAAUGAUGAUGCUGAGGAUUUUAUGGAAGAACCGGAGGCCGAAUUUAUUCCACCAAGUAUCAUUCAACCCAUGGAACAAGACAUUAAAGUUACAUCGAUUCGAGAGUUAGCGAAACUCCGUGAUUCCCCAGAGCUUCAAAAAAUCAUGUCAAACAUCGAAAGAUAUUCCAAAGUCGCGAGAAAUUCAAAGGACAUAAUAGGCCCAGUGGAAUCAGACGCCGAGUAUCAAUUGAUCGUUGAAGCAAAUAACAUGGCAGUGGGAAUAGACGACGAGAUAACAACAGUCCACCGUUUCGUGAGGGACAAAUAUUCGAAAAGGUUUCCUGAAUUGGAAUCUUUGGUUGUCGGGCCCUUGGACUAUGUAAUGACAGUUAGAGAAUUGGGAAAUGACUUGGAUCGAGCUAAGAACAACGAAAUUCUUCAGAAAUUCCUCACCCAAGCUACAAUUAUGGUCGUAUCUGUCACAGCAUCAACAACUCAGGGACAACUGUUGAGUGAUGAUGAGAAGAACGCUAUUUGUGAGGCUUGCGACAUGGCCGUGGAAUUGAAUAAUUGUAAAUUGAGAAUUUUUGAGUACGUGGAGAGCAGAAUGGCAUUUAUUGCACCAAAUCUUUCGGUGAUCAUUGGGGCUUCUACGGCUGCAAAAAUUAUGGGAGUCGCUGGGGGACUUUCCAAGUUAUCCAAAAUGCCUGCUUGUAAUGUUCUCGUCCUGGGAAGUCACAAAACCACGCUUACCGGUUUCUCACAGACUGCUGCUUUACCUCACACUGGAUUCAUUUAUUAUUCGGAUAUUGUGCAGGAUACACCACCGGAUUUACGGAGAAAAGCAGCCAGACUAGUGGCUGCAAAAAGCGUACUAGCAGCACGAGUGGAUGCUUGCCAUGAGAGCACUGAUGCUCAAAUUGGUCGAUCCCUGCGCGAGGAAAUAGAAAAGAAAUUGGAUAAACUUCAAGAACCACCGCCAGUGAAAUUUAUCAAGCCUUUACCCAAACCAAUUGAUCCCGGUAGGAAGAAGAGGGGUGGUAAGAGAGUUCGUAAAAUGAAGGAGAGAUAUGCCAUAACUGAAUUCAGAAAACAUGCGAAUAGAAUGAAUUUUGCUGAUAUUGAAAGCGACGCAUAUCAAGAAGAUUUAGGCUAUACCAGAGGCACAAUUGGAAAAGCGGGAACUGGUAGAAUUCGCCUACCCCAGAUAGACGAGAAAACCAAAGUUAGAAUAUCGAAAACUCUCCAAAAAAAUUUGCAGAAGCAACAACAAUGGGGUGGAAGUACAACGGUUAAGAAACAAGUGUCUGGUACUGCUUCCAGUGUUGCAUUCACACCUUUACAAGGGCUGGAGAUUGUCAAUCCCCAGGCUGCUGAGAAAAAAGUAAACGAAGCCAAUGCCAAAUAUUUCUCCAAUACUUCUGGCUUUUUGCAAGUUAAAAGAACAUAACGAAUCGACUGUACAAAGUUCAUUAAAAUCAAUUAGAUAUCUGGUACGUAA